UGCACCAGAUGGUCGAUGGUUUUCGAUAUUUCGGUUGUGUGGUUACUUUAAUUUAUUGACAAAAAUGUAACACUUCUAUUUUAAAUUGACCAUGUUUUCGCAACCGGAAUGAUAUCUGUUUUAUCCAAGUUAAGUUAUUUGUGUAAAUAUUGAAGGUGUUUUUAUUCAAGUAGGAACCUCGUUCGCACGAGAAAGCGAAAAUGUCUUCGAAGAGUGAAUUAAAAAAGUUGUCAGAAGAAAGCUUAACAAGACAACCAGAAGAGGUGUUCGACAUAAUAUGCAAGUUAGGAGAGGGGUCCUAUGGAUCGGUUUAUAAAGCAUUGCACAAAGAAAGUGGACAGGUACUUGCCAUUAAACAAGUGCCUGUCGAUACAGACUUGCAAGAAAUUAUAAAAGAAAUUUCUAUUAUGCAACAGUGUGAUUCUCCAUAUGUUGUUAAAUAUUAUGGAAGCUACUUUAAAAACACUGAUUUAUGGAUCGUCAUGGAAUAUUGCGGAGCAGGAUCUGUUAGCGACAUCAUGAGGUUAAGGAAGAAGACCCUACAAGAAGAUGAGAUAGCAACAAUUCUCAGUGAUACCUUGAAGGGCUUGGAGUAUCUUCACCUGAGAAGAAAAAUACAUAGAGACAUUAAAGCAGGAAAUAUCUUGCUUAAUAACGAAGGGCAUGCAAAAUUAGCAGAUUUCGGUGUAGCAGGACAGCUAACUGAUACAAUGGCAAAACGUAACACAGUAAUAGGAACUCCGUUUUGGAUGGCUCCGGAAGUGAUUCAAGAAAUUGGAUACGAUUGCGUCGCGGAUAUAUGGUCACUUGGUAUAACUGCAUUAGAAAUGGCAGAGGGAAAGCCACCUUACGGUGACAUACAUCCAAUGAGAGCGAUAUUUAUGAUACCAACUAAACCUCCACCUAGCUUUAGAGAACCUGACCAGUGGAGUCCUGAAUUUAUCGAUUUUGUCAGCGGGUGCCUUGUUAAAAAUCCAGAAGAAAGAUCUACAGCUACCGAGCUUUUGCAUCAUGAAUUUAUAGGUAAUGCCAAACAACCCAGUAUUCUAAGUCAAAUGAUUGCUGAAGCUCACGAAAUACGAGAGAAACAGAGCGUGCAUCGUGCUCACGUAAUCAAUAACGUUGCAAUAAAGAACCAAAACCAGACAGAAGAUUCGGAUGAAGAAGAUUGUAGCGGAACAAUGAAACCUUUACCAGAGGAUACAGGAACUUUAGUACCAAGUCAUGAUCUUCCAGACACAGGAACACUUGUUUCUGCAAUGUUGGACUUGGGAACAAUGGUUAUCAAUAGUGACACGGAUACUGAAGCAACUAUGAAGCGUCACAAUACAGGGUCAGUUGAAUCCGGUAAGAAGUACCGGCCAUUAUUUUUAGACCAUUUUGAUAAGAAGGAGGCACCUGAAAUAGGGAAGGGUAAUGGGCAAAUCCUCGGAGCGCAUAAUCCAGACAAUGAAAGUAAAUUAGAACUACGAAGCCCUUCAGAAUCUCAAAGGUUUCAAAGCCAUCUACAGUUACAACUUAAUCAGAUCUCUCAUCCUGUGCAAGAACAACCUCAUAAUAACAUAUCGAAAUUUCAAAAUGUCUUCACGGAACGCGAUUUCGACUUCAUAAACAACCAUCUCCUGCAGCUGAAGUUUCUCUCAUACGAGGAACUACAGCAACGAAUGGCUAAUUUGGACGCAGAAAUGGAGCGGGAAAUCGACGAGCUAAGAAGAAGGUACCAAACCAAGAGACAACCGAUUCUUGACGCUAUGGACACCAAACGGAAACGUCAACAAAACUUCUAACAGUUCGAUUACUUUUUCUAUGCGGAUAGGUGUGAUGACGAUAGAUAAAGGGUGUACAGUUGUAUAAAUGAAUAGAUUUUAUUCAUCUCGUCCUGACUUUCAUCAAAGAGAAGAACAUUGCUCAAUGAAAUUGUUUACCUAACGGAAAGAGUAAUAGCGAUUUAAAGUAUUUUCUUCUCUUACGAAGUCAAUGUCUUCCUCUUUGUGAAUCAGACACGAGUAACUAAUACUAGCCAAUAGCCUCACGUCAUCAAUGUAAAUUAUUUUACAUUAUUUAGGUGAACGAUCAUUAUACUUAAUUUUUUACAAUUACGUUUACUUACAUUCCCGGACAAAAAGAUAGCACGAGUAUGCUAUCUUUUUGAUCGGGGAUGUAUACACUGUGAAAUAUGGUAUUACAGAAAUAUUAUUUAAUAGUCUCAUCAGCAUUCUUCACAAAUCGAAGCCGAAACAUAGAAAUCGAAUGUAAUGAGAAUGGAAGAAUAAUUCGAAUUCCAUGCUUGCAUUUUCUUUUCUUUUCUCUUCUCGUUUCGUUGAGAAAAAUCGUAGAGGUGCCGACAUAAAAUUGAUAUUUGGUUUUUAUCUUAAGCUAGUCACCUAUUAUGCCAUUUAUUCUAUCCAUAAUAUUUUACAUCAACAAAUAUUAUCACCCAUACGAAAUACAAGGACGGAGUUAUCAUCCCGAAAAUAUAUUUAUAGACUUUUGCGCUAACAUAUCGUUUACGUGCGAAAUAAUUUCCAAUAAGUAAGCAAGCUUUAGAAGGUAUUAAAGUUUUUACUCCUUUUUUACUGCCAUAGAUAUUAUUGCGCGUUUACCUACAGAUAUUAACAUUAGGUUACGAGAUAUACGUUCUUAUGUCGGUUGACUUAGUUUGAAGAUUUUGUAAGAGAUCGCGAAUUGUUUGGUAGUGUUUUAUACCAUGCAAGAUUACAAAUAAAAGUGAGAGCAUCUUGAAGUUAAAUAUAUAUGACGAAUGAACUUACUAAAAUUAGUCUUCCGUAUUAGAAUGUAUUUCAAUAUUUCGCUAAUUCGUUAAGCCAGUAUUUAAAUUGUUGAGAAUAAUCAUCAUGAAGCAAUGGCAAGAUUUAUAAUAUUUUUAGAUUCAUAUAAAUGUGUAUUUUAUUGAAACCUAUUCAUUUUUUAAUUAUUUUUAUAUUUGAAAUUUGCAAAUGCGUUAUCAUUCUACUUAAAAAUGUCAAUGAAUAUUAGUAUGCACAAUAUUGUACCAGAAAUACAAUGACGUACGUGUGCUCAUGCAUCUGACAAUGCUUCAACAUAAGUGGAGUAAUUCUUUGCUGACGUUGGGCUAUUUUAAAAGUAGCGGAAAUAGAUUUAUAAUACUUAAAAGCUAUAGCCAGAACUGACCUUUCUGUUUAUUUAGAAAGUAACAAUACAGAAUUACAACAUAUUUUUGAUAUAGAAAAUAUGCACAUUACAAUCGAAGAAGAUUCGAAUAUUAAUGAUUAAAUCCAGUCUUUAUAUGGCCCUACCAUGGUACACAAUAUUAUCAUAAUAAUAGCGUUGGGUUCCACUGUUAAUAUGAAGAGCAGAUAAAAUAAGUUACAAUCUAAAAAGUAAUAUUUCUACUGUUUGAUGAAAAGUAGAACGCACCAUUCACUGCGAUAUGCGACUUCAUCAACAUAUAUGCGUUAAUAAUGUAACAGAAACGAAUAAAUUUUAUUCCUGCAAACAUAAGCAUUCGAUGAAACAUAAAUACAUUUAACCACCCAGUCGCUAACACGAUGUGGUCUCGCACCAUUAUAAAACAUCGUCGUGGGGAUCCAAUCUUUCUUAUUUGGUUUCAGUAAUAAAAUAUUGUACACUACGA